AUGGCUGUGACCGAUAUGUGGCCCGUGAGUCCCGCGCGUACCCCAGCUUCCUCCACAAACUCAGCCCCGUUGCACGUGGACAUGCGUUUUCCAGAUGUCAGCGUCCCCAACUUGGAGCCUACCACCAAACUGGCAGAGGAGGAGCGUACUCUCAGCGAGGUGAAGCGAGAGCGAGACCAAGCUUGGAAGAGAGCCCAGUCCCUGGAGCAUAGCCUUGAGAUUGAAAGGCACACCUCCCGGGCUGUGGCCACAGAGGCCGUAGAGGCUGAGGCGAUGUGGGAAGCCCGAGUUGCUGAGCUCAUGAGCGAGCUGGCGCAAUCUGAGUCUCGGCUCCAAAGCCGUCACCUCGUGGAUCAGGAGCAACGGCAACACAUGCCGGAGCACCUCCUGCAAGAUAUUCACGACAAAAUGAUCAUGGCCGUGUGUCAGGGUGAAGAGCUCAAGCAGAGCCUAUUUCAACAGCGGUGCCAGUAUAGUUCACCUUCUGUGGAGUCCAGCUGCCGUGGCAGUGCCAGCAUCCCGCUGCAGCCGUGCUCUUGGUUUGCAACUCAGGGCACACCAUGCAACCACGCGCGGGAGAACGCCCAAUUGCUGGAGCGGCUACUGCUCGUCACGGAGGAGCUCCAGACUGCCGAGGCCGAGUCGCAGCAGAGCAUCGGGUCCGGCCAGCGCUCGACGCAGGACGCAACCCACUGCCUCCGCCAAGAACUGGCAGCUUCGCAGGCACGAGCAGUACUGUGCCAGCAAGAGCAGUGGCAGGCGGAGUC